ACUGUUGAUAACGGAACUCCAGUUUUUUUUUCUACUACGCAUCCUCCGGUCGGUCACCAUUUUAGGAGUCAAAACAACCAACAGGCAGCGGCGGCCACCUCCACGCUUCCCCGUGGCCUUACUAUGGUCCACACAUGUGUGGUGGCAGGCUGUAAGAACCGACGGACAUCAGGAACCACACUGUCUUUCUACCGUUUCCCGCGGGACCCAGAGAGGAAGCAGCGCUGGAUAGCAGCGGUGAACCGAGCGGGCUGGGCACCCAACGACGGCAGCCGGUUGUGUAGUACUCACUUCAUCUCAGGUAAACAAGUGAAGAAUCCACGUUUGCCCGAUUAUGUUCCUUCUGUGUUCACACCAGUUCCCUUCUUCCCAGACAUGAAGGAGCCAGGUGCCUUGGAGGUCCCAGACAAGCAGGAGGCACGCGUGGAAGCUGCCAAUGCCCUGUUGUUCCUGCAGGGCCAGGGCAGUUCUGCUGUGGAUGGGCCGAGUCAAGAGGAGCAUCCCGAGGAAGGGGAGCCAGAGGCCGUUGCAGAAAAAAGUGGAUCUUCUUCCUUCAGCACUGAUGAAGAUGAUGAGCAUGAUGAAGCCUCUGAGAGAGACAGAAAGAAGGGAAAGUUUGCCCAGAUGUCAGAAAUAUCUGUCAACUUCGACGACAUCCUGAAAGCAUUAAAGAAGGAGAACCGGGCUCUCAGGGAGUCUGUGGAAAAAAUGUCUCUCUCUGAGAACGCUUUCAGGAACGAUGCAGAAAAAGUAAAGUUCUAUACCGGUUUACCCAACUACUUUGUCUUGGAGACGGUCAUGUGGCUGCUGGCGCCGCACAUGGACGGCAUGAAAAACAUAAAGCUCUCAAAGUUCCAGCAGCUUCUUCUCACGCUGAUGCGCCUCCGCCUGGACCUCCGCAACCAAGACUUGGCCUACCGCUUCGGGGUGAAAGUCGGCACGGUGGCCAGAACGGUACACCGUAUGGUCAACAUCAUGUCCUCCACCCUGGUUCCCACUGCGGUCUUCUGGCCCUCUAGAGCGGAGCUCCGGAAAAACCUGCCUGCAGCUUUGCAAACGUCCCACCCAGACUGCGCCGUCAUUGUAGAGUGCUUCACUGUACCUCUCGAGGAGCCGCUCUCCAUGGGAGCAGAGCAUCAACAACAACAGACUAUGUGUCCAUGUUCUGGGGAGAUGGGGCCGGGUUACAGCUCAUUAAAGUAUCUGAUUGGAGUAGCUCCACAAGGUGUCGUCACUUUUGUCUCGCGGGGCGUGCCGGGAAGCGUCAGUGACAAGGGCCUGGCCGAGGGUUGUGGAUUUCUGUGCAAGCUUCUUCCAGGUGACGUCGUACUGUCCUGUCGUGACCUGGACAUCGAAGACUCUGUGGCGGCCCGCGGAGCUUCGUUUAAAAUUGCGGGCGCCUGCAGGGGUGAAGCUCGCGCGAGAUCAGAGGGUCUGCCAGGGCCUGACACUGCAUCUGAGACCGUGAUUGUGCAGAGGCAUGUGGAAAGGGUGCUCUCCAUGGUGAAGCAGAGGUUCACUAUGCUCACAGGCCCUGUCGAGAGCCCCUUCAGCACCGCCUGCGAGCGCACGUCCAACCUCUCAACCUUUGAUAAGAUUGUGCAAGUCGCUUGUGCCUUAAACAACCUGUGUAUCUCUGCUGCUCCACUUGAGUGAUUUGUACGAGAAAACAACGCACUACUUAAUGCUGCUGUCCUUUCUAUUGCUCUUUUGGACUUCCUGUCAUGUGUUUAUCCAAGUGUCUCUAUUAGGACAAUUACAUUUAUUCUCACUAAAUCCCAUUUCAGUCACUCUCGAUAAUAAAGAUCAUUCUUUUCUUGGCAAAAACAUUUGCUGACAUGUAAAGUCCUUCAUAUGUGAUAAAACUAUGAAUAUUGAGGAGUGCAGACCUUAGUUUGAAUGUUACAAGUGGUCCUCAUGAGUAUUUUCUAUUCAGCUCAUAUGGCUGGCGGCUUACUUCACUAUAGUUAAAGCAUGGACCGAUUACUGGUCUCAAGGAAUACUACAGUUUUAACCACGACACUUUCAAAAUCAGUCAAUCAUACCAUUCCUACGGUUUAAAGUCCCUUUAAUAAAAGUUCAGAGUGGGUGGGUCCUGGAGCAGAGUGGCUCCUCCCUCAUUUGUUUACAAGACAGACAGCCGACUCUGUGGAAACGUUAUGGACUGGAAACUAAAAACCGUUAAUAAAGUGAUGCUCUGUUGAAGGUUGUCAUGCUACAGGUCUAGAGCAGCGUGUGUUGAGCAGAGGUCAGGCUGUAGUUUACCAAGCCCGGCUGAUUAGCCAGGUAAUGUUAGCCUUUGCUGUAACUCCAUGAUGAGCAGAACCGCAAUAAAAGAGAAUGUUUUGCACAAUAAGCACAUAAAAUGCUUCUACUAAAUAAAAGCACCUCUUUACAACAUAUUUUGCUUUAGUCUUCCACCACCAGGUUCAUCUCUCAAGAUAAAUCUUUUAAAAUGACCAACUGCUUUUAGCUGACAAUGAUGUACAUUUUAUGACUGUUUGUGACAGAAGUAGCUUUAAUGCUAGAUUUUCCUCAGUAGCUCUGAUUGAAAGUUUAUUUUGAAUUGAUUGUCAUGAGUAUAUGACACCCUCAGCUGUGUAAUAACAAUAAAUAAACGUCUUAGACAUCA